AUUAAAAAAACCUGAAUCAUGUUUCUUAAAAUUGUAAUAAUCGCAUUCGCUGUGUCGAAUACUGCAUCAGCAAGGGAUGACGUGUGGACCGGUUUCGUGGCUUCCUGGGCCUUGGACACUUCCACCAACUUCUUUCCACUUCCGCAGACGUUAGAAUUAGCUAAAAGCCAAGGAUGGACCAGCAUCUCGGACCUUAAAGAGUCAGAUGAUAUCACACCCCUCGGCUACGAUGGUGACUGGAGAGUUGUGGUUCUGUAUUCGGUGACAACUGGUGCAGCAUGCGGAGUGCACGUCGCAUUCCCGAUAGAGGAUGUCAAUAAUACGGGUGAACCAAUGAUAUACGCUGAAAUUUCAGCAAUAACAACCAAGGUGAUAGAAGGAGUCGAAUGCUAUACGGCAACUGUGUAUUUUUCCAUCGAUGAAUCGUCUGGCAGUCGCAGAAUUUGGUUCCAGGAACAAGAUUCACAGCACGAAAUACCGACAGACACUUCUGAUGUCGUUUCGGAAACGGAAUAUGAUGCGGACUACUGUAUUCCGACCAUGGGCGAUCACUACUACAUUAUGAAUUCAACUUCUGACUGCGCCUACUUGUACCCGUGGUUCCUUGUGGGCAAAGGAGAAAACUUAAUUGGCGUCGGCUUCCAAGGUUUUGGCAGUGGAACUUCUUCGUCGAAAAGAAUUUGGUGGGAAGACAUUCCACCAACAGGUUUAGUGACUGCGGUUCGUGAUCCACCAACUUGUGCGAAGAAUGCUAUGUACGAGUAUGGAGUCAUUUCGCUGCACAUUUGGUUCGUUGAUGCUCCUCAGAACAUCACCUGCGACUGAAAUUGGAUGACCCAGAAACUAUAAGUCGAUGUAAUGUAUUUUGUGAACGUGAUGAAACAUCUGCUAUUUUGCAAAGACUUAA